AUUUUCCAUCUGCUGCUCCACUCCCCAAAUGGCCCCAACAGAUGGAGCUGAGUCGAUCCAAAGGCAGGAGCCAGGAGCUUAUUCUGGGUCUUCCACACAGGUUCAGGGCCCAAGGACUUGGACCAUCUUCUACUGCUUUCCCAGGCCAUAGCAGAGAGCCGGAUUGGAAGUGGAGCAGCUGGGACUUGAACUGGCACCCAUAUGGGAUGCUGGCAUCUCAGGUAGUGGCUUUACCCACUACACCACAAUGCCAGCCCCACAAGUGAAAUCUUAACUGCUGUGUAAAUUGUAUGUUCCUAAUCUUCAUUUCAGCAGUGCAUCAGGAAAGGAGUUGGAGUUGGAGAAAAAACGAUUAUAUACUGGAGGACUUCAAAUCCCUAAAUGUUCAUGGAGCACCUGCCUUUAGAAAAGUGCAUUAGGCCAUUCCUUGCUCUGACUUUGAGAAAAGUUUUCCUAACUUGUACAGAGUUCUGUACCUUGAAGGUACAUAAUAUCAGCUUGUGGCCUUUCUUAUAAGGCAAAUGCUCACAAACCUACUACUGCUGUUAUCAAAUUCCAGAGCCCCCAAAUAUCAAGGGGGUGGGACAGAAUGAUGCAUUUUCUUUUUUUUUUAUUUUGACAGGCAGAGUUAGACAGUGAGAGAGAGAUAAAGGUCUUCCUUCCGUUGGUUCACCCACCAAAUGGCCGCUAUGGCCGGUGCGCUGUGCCAAUCUGAAGCCAGGAGCCAGGUGCUUCCUCCUUGUCUCCCAUGAGGGUGCAGGGCCCAAGCACUUGGGCCAUCCUCCAUUGCCUUCCCGGACCACAGCAGAGAGCUGGACUGGAAGAGGAGCAGCCAGGACUAGAACUCGGUGCCCAUAUGGGAUGCUGGCACCGCAGGUAGAGGAUUAAGCAAGUGAGCCACGGCGCUGGCCCAGAAUAAUGCAUUUUCAACAAGUGCCCCAGAGAAUUCUGUUGGCUUAGUCCCCAGCAUUUGAGAAAUCCCUUCCUGAUUCCAUCCUGAGACAUGGAGCCAGCUGUGGAGGUGAUGCUCCUGGAUUCUGACCUGGAUCUUCCAUGACGCACAUGCUGUUUCUGAGAACAUAACAUUAUGAUGGAAAGAGUCCUGCAAUGAGAGCUCAGGAUACUGAAGACUGGUCUCAGAAAGGUCACGAGUCCUAAGUGCACCUCCCUGGUCCUAUCUCCUCAUAUUUACACUGGACAGCCUGGGUAUGGAUCAGAAUCAGAGGCGUUGACCCAUGACACACCUGAAGCCAGUAGGAAUAUCAUGUUGGGCUCACAUGGUGAUUUUUGUAAACAUUUGAAGACACUUUUAAAAAUCAAGAGUAUAAAUAUCUCAUUUAGUUUACUUACAUUGUCACAGCUAAAUGUUUACUAGACCUGAGAAGUGUAGUAAACAGCACAAAGAUGUGCUGUUUUCCCUCUGUUGUAUCUCCUGGCCAGCUUUAUUCAUUACUGGUUAAGUGUCUUUCUAGCCCUACAAAUAUCUAUGAGUUUGAGAUCUCUGGCUUACCUGUUCUUGCAUGUUCUUUCUAUAUCCAAUGAGUUCAAAGCCUACUAAAUGAUCUUUAAAAAGUUAAUCAUUAGCUUCCUCUUAUGUAAAUCAGAACAGGAAAGUCUUGCUUGGUCAAUUCCUCUGAAAGUAUUGGUCUGCUGCUAUCUUUCACUAGCUGCACAUCCUGUGUCUGCCUGCUCUGCUAUUGUCUCUCUCCUAAACGGAAGCUCUUUCUUGUCGCUGACAGAAGCUCUCUGAGGCCAGCGGAAGUCGUGGAUAUCCAGAGAGUUCAGGCAGGCCAGCCAGAUGAGUGGGGAUUGGGUGCGCCCAAGCCAGGCUCUAAUCUGUGCUAUUUGGGUCCUUGUAGCUGCCAGCAAGGGGCCUGUGAAUGAAGUGCCACAAAGAAACACCAGGCUGGGAUGGGUCGAGGGAAAGCAAGUCACUGUGCAAGGAAGCCUCAUGCCUGUCAACAUGUUCCUCGGGGUCCCUUUUGCUGCACCCCCUCUGGGACCCCUGCGAUUCACAGAUCCGCAACCGGCAAUGCCCUGGAAUGGCUUUCGAGAUGCCACCUCCUACCCUAAAUUGUGCUUCCAGAACUCAGAGUGGCUGCUCUCAGAUCAACACAUGCUCCAGGUGCAUUAUCCCACAUUUGAAGUGUCAGAAGACUGCCUGUACCUUAACAUCUACGCGCCGGUCCCUGCUCAGGAGAACUCCAACCUCCCCGUCAUGGUGUGGUUCCCAGGGGGUGCCUUUGAGACUGGCUCAGCUUCCAUCUUUGACGGGUCUGCACUGGCUGCCUAUGAGAAUGUGCUGGUUGUGACUGCUCAAUACCGGCUUGGAAUAUUUGGGUUUUUCACCACUCAGGACCAGCAUGCUUCUGGGAACUGGGCCUUCAAGGAUCAGUUGGCUGCUCUCUCCUGGGUCCAGAAGAACAUCAAGUUCUUUGGUGGAGACCCUGGCAGUGUGACCAUCUUCGGCGAGUCAGCAGGAGGCAUAAGUGUUUCCAGCCUUGUUCUGUCCCCCAUGGCCAGUGGCUUAUUCCACAGAGCCAUCAUGGAGAGUGGAGUGGCCAUCAUUCCCUAUCUGAAGUCCCCUGAUGAUGAGAGGAGUAAAGAUUUGCAGGUUGUGGCACAAGCCUGUAAUUGCAACGCAUCAGACUCCCUGGCCCUGCUGAAGUGCCUGAGGGCAAAAUCCUCCAAGGAGUUGCUGAGCCUCAACCAGAAAACAAAGUCUUUUACUCGAGUGGUUGAUGGUCUUUUCUUUCCUGAAGAUCCUAUAGAACUAUUGUCUCAAAAAUCCUUCAAAGCAGUUCCUUCUAUCAUUGGAGUCAAUAACCAAGAAUGCGGCUACCUGCUGCCCAUGAAGACAAUCCCUAAUAUCCUUGAUGGAUCCAACAAGACUCUUGCCCUUCAUGUGAUACACACUAUACUGAACAUUCCUCCCCAGCUUUUGCAUGUUGUGUCUAAUGAAUACUUUCGUGACAAGAACUCUUCAGUUGAGAUCCGAGAUAGUCUCCUGGACUUGCUUGGAGAUGUGUUUUUUGUGGUCCCUGCGCUGAUCACAGCUCGCUAUCACAGAGAUGCUGGUGCACCCGUCUACUUCUACGAGUUUCAGCAUCGACCCCAGUGCUUUGAAAACACGAAGCCUGCUUUUGUCAAAGCUGAUCACUCAGAUGAAAUCCGCUUUGUAUUUGGAGGUGCCUUCCUGACGGGCGACGUUGUCAUGUUCGAAGGAGCCACUGAGGAGGAGAAAUUGCUGAGCAGGAAGAUGAUGAGAUACUGGGGCAACUUUGCUCGGACUGGGAAUCCGAAUGGGGACCACCUGCCUCUGUGGCCAGCCUACAACAAGAACGAGAUGUAUCUGAAGCUGGACUUGAACAUAAGUCUUGGAGAGAGACUGAAGGAGCAGAGAGUGGUGUUUUGGACCAACACCUUUCCCAUGAUAAUGUCCACUUCUGAAGCUCUCCCCAGUCCCCUGUCUUCCUUAAUCUUAUUUUCUCUGCUCUUGCCAUUCCUUUCUUUUUCUGCUCCUUGAGCAGUUAGUUAUCUUUGUAUGGUUUUGACUUCCUUUCUCCUGCUGUAAUUUCUCCCACAACCAUGAACUUCAUUCUGAGUUUAAGUGCUUUGUGCGGGGCUCUUUGUGGGGUAAGUGGCUUUGGUUGAUGUUUUACAGACUUAGGGAUGAUUCUUCUGAAAUUCUUUGUAACAUCAAAAAAUGCAAUUUGUCUUAGAUAAGAUUUCUUCAGUAAAUCUGGAGAAGGGCUGGCCUAUUUUUGUAAUAACAAUCUUGUUAACUGCAAUAAAAUCAGAAUGUAAAAUAUGUACAGGCAAUAGAAUUUAAUUCUACUGAUAGUUACUCUCCCUGCCAAACCCAAGAUCAAACAGGCUUUCUAUUAGAGAAGAUAUCUGUGUGUUUCCCAAAAUGUGGGUCCCCCACCCCCAAUUCAGGGGGCUUCUGCCAUAAGCCAAGUUGGGAUGUCCUGCACGUGGCUGGUUUGAGCUGGGUCUCUUUUCUGACUCAGUGGGAUAUGCAGAGGAGGGUUUUUUUUUUUAAUCCUUUUUGUCCAUGGUCAAUGUCCCUAGCCAAUUUGCUAUAACUGAAUUCCACAUUCUGGGUAGUUUAUAAAGAAAAGAGGUUUAUUUAGCUCAUGGCUCCAAAUGUCCAAGAGCUGGAACCUACUGAGCAUCUGAUGAGGACCUUCCUUGUGCGUCACCACAUGAGAGAGCAUCACGUGGCAAGACAGAGCAAGCAAGGCAGAGACAGUCUGCUUUCAUCAUGAGCCACACCCAUGACAGCCCAUUAAUCCACUAAUCUGUUAAUCUAUAAAUGGAUUAAUCCAUUCCUGGGGACAAAGUCCUCAUGACCCAACCACCUGCUAAGGGUCCCACCUGACCUCAUCUCUUAAUAUAUUUUUUAAAGAUUUAUUUAUUUAUUUGAAAGUCAGAGUUACACAGAGAGAAGAGAGGCAGAGAGAGAGAGAGAGAAAAAGAGAGAGAGAGAGAGGUCUUCCAUCCAAUGGUUCAUAUUGACCAAUGGUUCAAUGGCCAGAGCUACACCAAUCCAAAGCCAGGAACCAGGAGCUUCCUCUGUGUCUCCCACAUGGGUGCAGGGGCCCAAGGACUUGGACCAUCUUCCACUGCUUUUCUAGGCCAUAGCAGAGAGCUGGAUUGGAAGUGGAGCAGCCAGGACUAGAACUGGCACCCAUAUGGGAUGCUGGCGCUUCAGGCCAGGGCGUUAACCCACUGCACCACAGCACUGGCCCCAUCUCUUAAUAUCUAAUGGGAAUCAAACUUCAACAUGCACUUCAGUGGGGAUGUUCGAAUCAUAGCCAUGGAAACAAGACAUCAUCCAAGGUCAAGAACCUAAAGAUCAAACAUCCGGCAGCCAGUCAGAUCAGGGACUCCGAGAGAAGAAGCUUCUCUGAUGGGGAUGAGACAAAUCUACUACUCAAGAGGUCAACAUUGGGUGCCAGACAUAUGCCCCUGGGCACAUGGUGGUGAACAGAAUCACGGCCUCUAUCAAAUAGUGAGAAGGCAGAUGUUAAGCAAACAUGCACACAGGUGGAUAUUUUAAGACUCGAAUUUGAUAACCACUACUCAAGAAAAGUAAGGUGUUUAAAGAAAGUAUAACAGAGGGAUUCCUAGAUUGAAAUCAUAGGGGCUGUCUCUGGAGAACUAAAGUAACUUCAAGUUCAUAGGAAAAUAGAAUUAAAGGUAUGAGUUUAUUUUGGUGGAAAAAGGUUGAAACUCAUGCAUAGUUUUUCAUAAUAUAUGCUUUCCAUGUAUUAUGAAAUAAAUUUGCAUCAUCAUUCAAAGAAUAUAUUCACUUUUAAAAAUAAUUUUUAAAAAAAUUUGAGGGGGAGAUAGAGCACCCCCACCUGCGGUUUACCUUCAAAUGCUGUCAACAGCCAGAGGUGGAUGGGGGGCAAGAGCCAGAAGCUGAGAACUCAAUCUAGGUAUCCCAAGUAGGUGGCAGGGACCCAAUUAUUUGAGCUGUCACUGCUGCCUUCCAGGGUUCGCAUUAGCAGGAAGCUGGAGUCAGGAGCUGGAGCCAGGAAUUGAAUCCAGGUACUUCAGUGGGAGAUGCCAACUUCUUAACCACUAGGCUAAACAUUUGCUCCAGCACAUACUUGUAAUAUCAUUUAAUCCAUAUUUUUUCCACAAUAAUGCACCAGGGUGAUUCAUUUUUCUUUUUGAUUGCUUCAAGAUCAUACAUGAAUUAUACAGAAUAGGGGAGUUUUUGAGACAUGAGUACAUUACAGUUCCUCUGGCUCAGAGAUCGCCAACUCCCAGACUGAAUCUGACCCCCAGAAGUGUUUUGUUGAGCUCACACAAUUUUUAAAAACAUUUUUUUUGACAGGCAGAGUGGACAGUGAGAGAAACAGAGAGAAAGGUCUUCCUUUUGCUGUUGGUUCACCCUCCAAUGGCCGCCACGGCCAGCAUGCUGUGGCUGUCGCACCGCGCUGAUCCGAUAGCAGGAGCCAGGUACUUAUCCUGGUCUCCCAUGGGGUGCAGGGCCCAAGGACUUGGGCCAUCCUCCACUGCACUCUCUGGCCACAGCAGAGAGCUGGCCUGGAAGAGGGGCAACCGGGACAGAAUCCGGCGCGCUGACCAGGACUAGAACCUGGUGUGCCGGCGCCGCAAGGCGGAGGAUUAGCCUAGUGAGCCGCGGCGCCGGCCAGGCUGAUUUCUAUAUCAAUGUUUGGAACAACCACAGCCCCCAAACACUGCUCAACUCAUUUUUCGAAAUACUGUAGUAUUAAAUGACAUCACAUUCCUCAUGCUUGCAGUCCGAGCAUCCUUAAAUAUGGUUCUAGUUUUGACAGGUGUCUCUCUAAGGGGUGUACAUUUCCAGAUAUAGGGUUCUCUUCCUCCUUCCUGUCCAAAUGCCAUUAGAUGUGUUAUGGGGGUAAAGCUGACAUAUGUAUGUCACCUGGUAUCUUUUUUUAAAAAAAUUAAUUGAGAGCUUGAUAUCAAGGAUGUGAGAAGAAUCAUUUGGGGGACUGUCUCAAAACUCCAACAGCCAGGCCACUCCCCAGCCCAACUAAAGCAGAACCUUCUUGGAUGGAAACUGGGAAUCCGUGUUUUCCAUCUCCAGGUGUUCUGACAUGCACCUUGAUUAAGCGCCACCAAGUCUGAAUGGUGUGGUUUGUGUACUUUCCACGUUGCUGGGAGCACUCCCCACACAAAGUCUGCUCUAAGAUCUGCCUGGUGUGGAUAUGUGACAACUUCUUUGCUUGUUCAUCUGAACAUGAACAUUUAUGGGCAUAAUUUGAUGAGUAAUUUUGGGAAGAGUCUUUAUUUUUUAACAUGACUUAAAAACAUCCAGAUUCGCAGAAUAUGGACUAGGUCAAAGGUCAGCCCUUUUAAAAUGUCACCUCUUGUGUUCUACAAUUCACUUUCCUAAAGAGCCACACUCUUUCAUGCUCAUCAGCAACACAGAUGUAUAUCAUAUUUGAAACCACCUCUGCUUCUCCAUCAUUUAAAAACAUAAAAUAUUUAUUCUCUUUUUAAUUGAAAAGUAAGCAAUUUAAUUUCUUUUUACAGAAAUAUUACUUCUUCCCUAUUCCCCCCAGCACACACACACACACAGACAUCAGAUCAAACCAAAGCAAAGCUUUAGAGACAAACCUUGUCAGUCUUCACCCAUGAGUUUCCCAGUAUCCAGCAGAGGGCAGCAUCACAACAGAAGAAAAAUAGCUUGUUUCCACUCAGACUCCUGGGAUGCUGGUGAUUUGACAUUGCACAUCCAUGGACGGAAAAGAAGCCAGCACUAGGAGAUUAAAUUAUAAACCAGCAGCAUAUACCGUUCUCCUUUUUCUCUGUAACAUUUGGAAGGGUAAAAGUAUAAUCCACCACUUGUAAAGAUGACUGAAAGGACUAAGCUCAGACAGGAUGGCAGUUGGGUCUGCAGUGUUUUUCUUUCCCGAAGUGUCCUGGGGGG